AUGGAUGUGACGAGUCUUUCUGGACUCAAAUGCAAGUCUUCGUCUAUGAGGCUGGUAAUCCUUAACUUAUUCACAGUUCUCUCCCAUGGACAGACUCCCGCAUCCCCUUCCCUUCCAGUCCGGGUCACUGUCCCCUCACCAUGGCAGUCUCUCCCCCUGUCUCAGGCUGAUCUGGGCCUUCUCUUCACCAACUCUAGCCCUUUCUCUUCCACCCAGUCCCUGCUGCUCAUGACUCCAUCUGGAACUGCCUCCAAACCUCUUCUCCGUGCUUCGUUUGGUUCUUACACUGUCACACAGGCGAUGCCUGAGCCCAUUCCUCCUUUAUUCCCAGCUCUCACUGCAUCACUCCUUUCUAAAACUGUUGUGAAAGAGAAAGAGGGUGACAGAGAAAGGUUUAAAGUGCAAGUGCUGUUUCAUAUGAGGGGUGAUGCAAACAGAGGAAUGUGUGUUACCCUCCAUGCUUUCAAACAGACAGAGGAACAGAAAGCCUCCUGCAUCACUCAGCCACCUUUUGGGUUGUGUGUGGUCACUCUGACACUUCCAAAAGACUGGUUUAUGUUUAACCAGAAUAUCAAGCCAAACCUGGAUCUGAUUUUUAAGCAACACCACUUGAGCAGACACCGCUCUCGAAACCAUGGGAAAAGGCAUCAGUAUAUGCCAAGAGGACUCACGGCCAAUUCUGGAUUCUUAACUGAUAAAAUUCAGCUCUACUACUCUUUCUUUGGCAUUGUGUCCAAUCUUAAAGUUGGGCUCCCUAGGUGUGUGGAGGAGGAAUUACAGCAGUCACAGAGAAAGUUGUACUACAUUGGACCUGUGGGACUUGAAGAACAGAGGACAGAGAUAAACAAGACCAAACAGAGCUCUGCAUGUUUAGAUGGAAGGGCAGAAGAGAAAGUAUGGUUGGAUUCCAAUGUGCUAAUUCUCUUCAGCAAAGGGCCUGUGCGUACUGGACAACCAAUCAGAGUGUCCAUAAACCUUAGGGCAAAUUUUAGUGGGGAGUCAAUAAUCAUUAGACUCAAAGUGGAGAAAGGGUCUCUUGAGAUCUGCCCUAUUACAAACUCUUACCUAUGGACUGUCAAUGUAGAGAGGACAAUGGGAUCUAAACAUGAUGUAAUUUCCAUCGUCAGCCAUCGGGUUUCUACUUCUCCAGGCAACAUUGGCUCCUCUGCUCUAAAUCAGUUAGCCUGUCUUACACUUGAGGCUACACACAGAAGCUUUGGAGUAGCGAAGACUGUCACUGUUAGCUGGUGGGUGGAGUACUCUACUCGCAAGUCUGUGGUAUUACCACAUGGGGCAGUCAAAAGCUUUUUCUCCUUUACUGACAGAGAAGUGGUGGGCAUUGCUCCCAUCACAGAGAGCAACACUAUCAUCAACACAGCCAUCUUAACAAGCCAGCCUGUGUCACUGCCUGUCAUUGUCCUAACAGUGGGCAAAAAUGGCAAAGUAUCAGAUGUGACCUCAGCAGUGAAGUGUCACUCCACCAAUGAAGAUAUUGUCAAGGUAUCUCACAAUUGCUCUGUAGUCUUUGUGGACGGGAGUGAAUCCGGAAUGGGCAGCAUCUGUGUGGAGGUGGAGUUUUCUUUGGGCAUGUUCAGUGGCUCUUUAUGCUUGUCUGUCUGGGCUCCGGUAGUUCCUCUGCGUGUAUCUCUCUCAGACACUGUCCUAAGUCCCAUCGGUGGCUGGAGCUACUACAGUGAGAGCGGGUGUAUGCCAGUUUAUCAGAGAUCCACAAUACAGAUCUUGGCACAAUUCAGUGCCCAAUCAGCAGUGCAAGGUGGUCAACCAACUUACAUGCUUGGAUCACCAGAUUGGUUUGUCGAUGUGACUGAACUUGUUCGAGACUGGCUAAGGAUAGAAAACCCACGUAUUGCGGCUCUAGAUAAAAACAGACAUCUAGUUGGCUUGAAGCCUGGAAUUACAUCAUUAUAUGUGAUAUCAAGUCAGUGGGAUGGUGUACUUGGAAGUGCUGAUGUAACUGUGACCUCUGACCCUGUCACUCCUGCUGACCUCUCUGUACAGUUGGUGGGAGGGCUUGGCUUGUCAAUCAAUUCCAACCCAUCUCAUCCUUCCAUUGUCACAGCAACAGUUAAUGCUCACAACACACUGUACAAUCAUGGGCAAGAGGCAUCUGUCAGUGUUUGGAUCCAGUUUGGUGAUGACACCGCCACAUUGGUAUCUGCCUUCAGUGGGAUCCCCUAUUCUCUCCGCCUUUCCUCUUUGGCUGAGUCUGUGGUUGCUGUGACACCUGCUCCAUCACAGCACAUCUUAGCACAAGGUGAUGGUGGAGGGCCUCUUGUGAAAGCAGAGCUGCUGGUUUCCACCUGUGAACCAGUGUCUAACCAUGUUGAAUUGGAAACUAUCCAAGAGGGAAGCAAAACAAGAAGACUGGCUAAAGGCUCUGGCUGGAUAAGGGUGAACCUGAACAUGGACUUUUGGCCAAUAGGGAGUGAGGAAUCCAACUUUGAUAUGCUUGAUGUGACUGAUAUGCUUGUUAACUCCAACAAGGAUCUGUACAAAAAUUUUGAAGUCGAGAAUAUUCCAGUAAAUUUCACUGGUGACUAUGAUGUUGGUGUUGGAAAUGAUAUGUUCAAACGAAAUGACUUGGAGCAGGCAGUUUUAAUCCCCAACCAUGAAGAGAGUGCAGUGUACUUCUCUCCUGGGGUGGAAAAAGAGAGGAAGAAGGUGAAAACCAUUGAAGGACGAGAAGUUGAGAUUGGUAUCGGAGCUGUGCUUUCUCUUCUCUGUCUCUCCUCUUUCCUUUUCCUGGUCAACUGCCUGCCAUGUGCACUUAGAGAAAAAAGGACCAGACAAAGACAAGAGAGAAAUGUAAAAGACACUGUGGAAGAUGAUGAGGAAACUGGAGAAGAGCAAGAAGAGCAUGAGGUAGAGGGUAGUGGUAAUGGGAAAUGAUGAUAGGAGAAAGUACAGGAUUUUUAUCUCACUUUCAAAUUGUCUCUAAAAGAUAUUACAUUUUGUUUAUUUCCUGCAAAAAGUCAAUAAACAUCUGUAUUUAUGGUCACAGAUUUGUGGUCUUGCUCAUCAGCAAGAGCAGCGAUUUUAGGUAAGAUAUGAAGAGAGUUAAGGAUUGUUUGUUAUUUUUGUUGUUUUUAAAGGAUUAGCUCACCCCAAAAUGAAUAUUCAGUAAUCGUUUACUCUCCACUGUGUUGUAUAACCCCAUAUGACAGAGGUUUUCAAUUGGUGAAGGCGCAGCACGGGGGGAUAUAAAACAUAUUUGUUCAUGUCUGUACACAUCUGUCCUGCUAGCUUGCAUGUUAGAGUGCGUGUUAUGCAUAUGCGUGUAGCAAAAUAGAUCUCUUUGUAGUGACUGAGUUUCUCCACCUCUCUCGAAAGGCUAUGAAAGUCUUCAUCCCCUUCCCCUCCCUUACCUGAACGAAAAUAAAAAAGUUUGGGAAAAACUGGCUUAAGUUGCCUAAAAUCUCCAAAAUAGUUCUUAUUCAGUUGAGAUAACAUUAGUAGUUAAUGAACAUGUUUCCAGUUGAGUCAUUUGACCGUCGAGGGUUAUCUUUUCAGUGAUCAGAGCUGUCCAUCGUGCUGAUUUCAUUCCAUGUUUGAUUUUGUUGGCUCUUUGGUUAUAGGGCUGUUGAGAAUACUUUGUUUUUAUGACUGUGGAGGAUUCCCAAUUGCUUGAAUGUGGCAAACAUGUGUUGCAAUGUGUGUGUUCACAAUAUAUUUUAAAAAGACAAACGUUUGAGGUUAUAUUUUUUCUAAACAUUUCAAUCUCAAAAUGAGUUUUGCUACAGGGUUUUGAAAAUGUAGUAGCAAAAGUCAAGGCGUGAAGAUUUAAAGAUACAGUGCCAGAUUUGAGAGGUUGUAAGUGCCGAUUUGUGGUUGUAAUGCGAAAAUGAAUUAAAGUAUCAAAGUUAAUGUGUAAUACAACUUUGUGUCUGUAGUUGUAUUUAUUUGAAUGACAUUUUACAAAUGUGUGACUACCUGUCUGCGAUUGUGAAUUCAGAACACAAGCUUUGAAUUGUUGUCUGUGAGAGCAGAUUGCAACAUUCAACUUAAAACAAUUAUUUUACAAGUUUUCAAAUCAGUGCUGUGAGUGAAAAUUUCAAUUUACCACUACAAAUAUUUAUUGUACAAGUUCUCAAAUCCAAAUAUGCAAGUUCUCGAGUUUUGCUACUGAUUUAUCUUCAUAUUUUCUCACCAAACCUUAUCAUAUUUCUUCAGAACAAGACAUGAGUUGCAUACAAUAAUUUAUUAGACUUCUGAAUUAUACUUUUGUGUCCUUUUGAAACUUGAAGUGUUGAGAAAACA